GUAUAAUGUUGCCUACUCAAAUAAAGAUUUUUUACAGUCUAUGGUGUGUGCGCACAAGUGAUGACGCAGUUUCAAAUCGGCCGCCAAAACUUUUCCGUUUAGUCCCGCCCACAAUGCAAGCUGCAGAGCUGCUCUCGACAGUAACGGAAGGGCGCGCGGAUGAUUUGAAUUUCAGGCUAUCCAUUAUGAGCUGUGUGAGAAAAUAUCGCGCUCUUUCACUGAGACUGUUUUUCGAUAACUACAGCACAUUUUGAUGAUACCACAGCGGACAUCAUGCCAACCGAUCACCGACUGAGAUCGGGUGGAAAGACUGGAGAGCUAGAGCAGAUGAGCAUGGCAAUCCAGCUGGAUGUUCCGACGGUUGCUGCUUGCAUCUCAGCCUGCUGGAUGGACAUUUCUUGCUGGAUGAUGAAUGACCUUCAACUCAACCAUGUCAAACUGCUCAUGUUUGCAGCCAACCCAACUAGGGAUGCAACGAUUAUAGAUUUUGUUGGUGCAUCUGGUGUUGAAAUAGACGGAGUGUCGAUGAUGGAGGGAGAUUCAGUCACUCUACACACUGGUGUUGAAACAAACCAACAAGACAGAAUUAGAUGGUAUUUUAAAGACACUCGCAUCGCUCAAAUCAAUGGAGAUCUCGGUAAGUUCUGUACAGAUGUUCAGUGUAAUGAAGGUACUGAGAGAUUCAGAGACAGACUGAAGCUGGAUCAUCAGACUGGGUCUCUGACCGUCACGAACAUCACAAUCACAGACUCUGGACUCUAUAAACUACUGAAAAGCAGCAGCAACAUCGACAGUGCAAAGAGGUUCAGUGUUACUGUGCAUGAUGUUCCUGCUGCUGAACGAGAUAAAAUGAAGAGAAAGUUAGUGAAGGAGGGAGAAUCUGUCACUUUAGAUCCUAAUAUAGUAAAAAAAACAAAUGAUUUAAAGAUGUGGUAUUUUAAUGAUACUCUCAUCAUUGUAAUCACUGGAGAUCAGAGUAAGAUCUGUGCAGAUGAACAGUGUCCUGACAACUUCAGAGACAGACUGAAGCUGGAUCAAACUGGAUCUCUGAUCAUCACAAACACCACAACCACAGACUCUGGACUCUAUAAACUACAGAUUAGCAGCAGCAGAUUCAACAUCAUAAAGACAUUCAGUGUGACUGUCACUGCUGUUCUAGAUUUAACUGCUGUUGCUGUUGCUGUUGCUGCUGCUGCUGCUGCUGCUGCUGCUGUUCUGUUGGUUGCAGCUGCUGGUUUGAUUUACUGUUGCCGCAGGAGAUCUUUACAAACAGGAAAAAAUGGAGAAAUUAUGCAGCACAAUGAUUCUGACCUGGAGAAAGGUGGAGAAACAUCGCCCCUUAUUCAGACUGAGACCCCACAGACAGAUGUUGCUGAUGGGCCAGUCAUCGAUGAAGUUGAGACCCUGCGGAUGGAUGUUGCUGAUGGGCCAUCUGUCAAUCAGGCUGAGACCCCUCAGACGGGUGUUUCUGAAGGGGCACGCGUUAAUCAGCCUGAGACCCCUCAGACGGGUGUUGCUAAAGGGGCAUGCGUUAAUCAACCUGAGACCCCUCAGACGGGUGUUGCUAAAGGGGCAUGCGUUAAUCAACCUGAGACCCCUCAGACGGGUGUUGCUAAAGGGGCAUGCGUUAAUCAACCUGAGACCCCUCAGACGAGUGUUGCUAAAGGGCCACGUGGUAAUCAGGCUGAGACUCCUCAGAUGGGUGUUGCUAAAGGGACAAGCGGUAAUCAGGCUGAGACCCCUCAGAGAGGUGUUUCUGAAGGGGCACACGUUAAUCAGCCUGAGACCCCUCAGACGGGUGUUGCUAAAGGGGCAUGCGUUAAUCAACCUGAGACCCCUCAGACGGGUGUUGCUAAAGGGCCACAUGGUAAUCAGGCUCAGACCCCUCAGACGGGUGUUGCUAAAGGGCCAAGUGGUAAUCAGGCUGAGACUCCUCAGAUGGGUGUUGCUAAAGGGCCAAGUGGUAAUCAGGCUGAGACUCCUCAGACGGGUGUUGCUAAAGGGCCAAGUGGUAAUCAGGCUGAGACUCCUCAGAUGGGUGUUGCUAAAGGGACAAGCGGUAAUCAGGCUGAGACCCCUCAGAGAGGUGUUUCUGAAGGGGCACACGUUAAUCAGCCUGAGACCCCUCAGACGGGUGUUUCUAAAGGUACAAGCAGUAAUCAGGCUGAGACCCCUCAGACGGGUGUUGCUAAAGAUACAAGCGGUAAUCAGGCUGAGACCCCUCAGAGAGGUGUUUCUGAAGGGGCACACGUUAAUCAGCCUGAGACCCCUCAGACGGGUGUUGCUAAAGGGCCACAUGGUAAUCAGGCUCAGACCCCUCAGACGGGUGUUGCUAAAGGGCCAAGUGGUAAUCAGGCUGAGACUCCUCAGAUGGGUGUUGCUAAAGGGACAAGCGGUAAUCAGGCUGAGACCCCUCAGAGAGGUGUUUCUGAAGGGGCACACGUUAAUCAGCCUGAGACCCCUCAGACGGGUGUUUCUGAAGGGGCACACGUUAAUCAGCCUGAGACCCCUCAGACGGGUGUUUCUAAAGGGCCACGUGGUAAUCAGGCUCAGACCCCUCAGGUUGGUGUUUCUGAAGGGGCACGCGUUAAUCAGCCUGAGACCCCUCAGACGGGUGUUGCUAAAGGGCCACGUGGUAAUCAGGCUCAGACCCCUCAGACGGGUGUUGCUAAAGGGGCACGUGGUAAUCAGGCUCAGACCCCUCAGACGGGUGUUUCUAAAGGGCCACGUGGUAAUCAGACUGAGACCCCUCAGACGGGUGUUGCUAAAGAUACAAGCGGUAAUCAGGCUGAGACCCCUCAGAGAGGUGUUUCUGAAGGGGCACACGUUAAUCAGCCUGAGACCCCUCAGACGGGUGUUUCUGAAGGGGCACACGUUAAUCAGCCUGAGACCCCUCAGACGGGUGUUUCUAAAGGGCCACGUGGUAAUCAGGCUCAGACCCCUCAGACGGGUGUUGCUAAAGGGCCACGUGGUAAUCAGGCUCAGACCCCUCAGACGGGUGUUUCUAAAGGGCCACGUGGUAAUCAGGCUCAGACCCCUCAGGUUGGUGUUUCUGAAGGGGCACGCGUUAAUCAACCUGAGACCCCUCAGACGGGUGUUGCUAAAGGGGCACGCGUUAAUCAACCUGAGACCCCUCAGACGGGUGUUGCUAAAGGGGCACGUGGUAAUCAGGCUGAGACCCCUCAGACGGGUGUUGCUAAAGGUACAAGCGGUAAUCAGGCUGAGACCCCUCAGACGGGUGUUGCUAAAGAUACAAGCGGUAAUCAGGUUGAGACCCCUCAGACGGGUGUUUCUAAAGGGGCACGCGGUAAUCAGGCUGAGACCCCUCAGAUGAUUCUUUCUAAAGGGACAAGCGGUAAUCAGGCUAAGACCCCUCAGACGGGUGUUGCUAAAGGGAAAAGCGGUAAUCAGGCUAAGACCCCUCAGACGGGUGUUGCUAAAGGGAGACGCGGUAAUCAGGCUGAGACCCCUCAGACAGGUGUUUCUAAAGGGCCACGCGGUAAUCAGACUGAGACCCCUCAGACAGGUGUUUCUAAAGGGCCAUGCAGUAAUCAGACUGAGACCCCUCAGACAGGUGUUUCUAAAGGGCCACGCAGUAAUCAGGCGGAGACCCCUCAGACGAUUGUUUCUAAAGGGACAAGCGGUAAUCAGGCUAAGACCCCUCAGACGGGUGUUGCUAAAGGGAAAAGCGGUAAUCAGGCUAAGACCCCUCAGACGGGUGUUGCUAAAGGGAGACGCGGUAAUCAGGCUGAGACCCCUCAGACAGGGCCACACGGUAAUCAGGCUGAGACCCCUCAGACAGGUGUUUCUAAAGGGCCACGCAGUAAUCAGGCUGAAACCCCUCAGACAGGUGUUUCUAAAGGGCCACGCAGUAAUCAGGCGGAGACCCCUCAGACGAUUGUUUCUAAAGGACCACGCAGUAAUCAGACUGAGACCCCUCAGUCAGGUGUUUCUAAAGGGCCACGUGGUAAUCAGGCUGAGACCCCUCAGAGAGGUGUUUCUAAAGGGCCACGAGGUAAUCAGGCUGAGACCCCUCAGAUGGCUGUUGCCAAAGGGGCAUGCACCCCUUUUAGUUUGAGCAAAUAA